AGCGCUAUCCUACUAUUUAAUCAGUACGGUUCAUGUAUAAUUAGUGUGUUUUCAUUAUCGCGCUAGUGAUCCCGCGAUGAUUUGAACUCUCGAGAAAUUAUCAAGUUCUCACGUUUGCACCUCAGUUUCUAUAAGACAAAGAAAGAAUAAAAAAAUGGAAAAAUUUCAUAACGAUACCGUCUGGUCGAUUUCUCCGUCAAACUGCACCGAAGGGUUUAACUGUUCUGACUUUACUGGCGGCCUCAAUGGCCUCGUUCAAAACGAAACGUGCACGAAUGACUAUUGCGAAACGGAUGACGACUACAUUGACCGGAUCGAAGCGUACAUGUUUCCAUCCGUCUACGAGUGGAUUCUGAUUGGUCUGCAUUGUGUGGUAUUUAUCGUUGGUUUGGUUGGCAAUUUCCUCGUCUGUCUGGCCGUUUAUCGCAAUCACACCAUGAGAACCGUCACUAACAUGUUCAUCGUCAACCUGGCCAUCGCCGACUUCCUCGUCAUCUUUCUCUGCUUGCCGCCCACCGUUUUGUGGGACAUCACCGAGACCUGGUUCAUGGGCAACACGCUCUGCAAAAUCAUCCCGUACUUUCAAACUGUUUCGGUAUCCGUCUCUGUCUUGACGCUGACUUUCAUCUCCGUCGACCGUUGGUACGCAAUUUGCCAUCCACUCAAGUUCCGCUCGACCAUCGGUCGGGCCAAAACUGCCAUCGCUGCUAUUUGGAUCAUCUCGCUGCUCAUAGACAUCCCCGAGUUAGUGGUGCUGGAAACGCGACCGAGCCGCAACCUGUCGAUUAGCACCGUCUAUUUUACGCAAUGUCAGCCAAGUUGGGAUGACGAAACGGAUCUUUACAGCCAGCUGGUCAAAUUCGCCCUGCUCUACGCUCUUCCGCUGCUAUUCAUCUCCGUCACUUACUAUCAGAUCGUCAGGGUCUUGUGGCGUUCAGCCCGGCUCGCCAUAAGCGGCGGCAACCGCACGGCUGACAACGCCGACGACGCAGCCAACAGCACCACAGUGCGUCUCUUUCCUAAACAACCGAGCAGCAAUCAUCACCAUCCUCACGGUCACCAUGGCACCGGUAGUGGGGGCAAUAAAGACAUGCUCACCGUCAACUCUAAUGCGUCGAUCGAAUUGCAAUUGCGUUCCAGACGGAAAGCAGCCAAGAUGUUGGUUGUCGUAGUCAUCGUCUUUGCUGUCUGCUAUUUCCCUGUACAUCUGGUCAGCAUUCUAAGAUAUACAAUCAAACUGACACAAAAUGAUUACACGGUCGCAGCGGCGCUCGUCUCGCACUGGCUGUGCUACUUCAACAGCGCCAUCAACCCCGUGAUUUAUAACUUCAUGAGCGAAAAAUUUCGUCGCGAGUUUGGCAUUGCCAUGAACUGCUGUUCUUCCGAUGUGGAUAAACGUCAUGGACGAGAAGAACGUACAACUCAUAACAUGAGUCCCUCUCCGAGCGUCGUCACCAGUUUAACACGGACACCCAAACAACAUCAGCGCCAACCGUCGGGAUUCUUCAGCAGCCAACAGCCGACAAGAUCUUCGUCCAAGAGUGGGAAUAGUCCACCCAGUUCGAAGAGGAGAAACGGCGCUUCACCGUCGGCCGAAACCAUUUUACUUUGCACGAUGCCUUCUUCUAAUUACACGCUUGUCAAUACGGCUAACGAAUAAUGCUCAUUAAAUUAUUCUGGCGUUUGAAAUCAUUUCGUGAAAGGCAAAAACAUAACAAAACAAAAAAAAAAUUGCCGUGCUUUUUUUUUAAUAUAUCGUGUUUUACUUUUAGUCGUCUGUACUUUAAAACGCUCUCUGUUCAAUCUUUAUUCGAUGUCAUUUUGCUUAUUAAACAUUGGAUAUUCAUGCAAACGAAAUUCCCCUGAAGGAGGUAGACGUUUAAGUAAUACCAUUUCGACAAUGAUUAAAUGUGUCAUCGUUUUUAUAUACUCGUGCUGUCAGUUCCUGGCUGAUGGGGC